AGUCAAGUUGUCAAACUGAUUUUUACUGUUGCGUCGGUUUAGCAAGUGUAUAGUUUCAUAGUUAAAUCUGCGUAUCACCUUGCGGUCACUCUUGACAAACGAUCGGGCCGGUGGAGGGAUAUGGUUAGCUGGAUGGAUAAGAGUAGUUGGAUCCGUUUGUGGGACGCGAAUAUUCCUCCGAAGCUGAAGAUCUUUGCCUGACAGAUAUUUAACCGCAUCCUUCCUACUAUGGAGGCCCUUGUUGAGAAGAAGGUGCCGGUACUGCCGUAGUGCCCGGUGUGUUGGGAAGAGCAGGAUUCCAUGGAGCAUUUGUUCCUCUAUUGCCCAGUUGCUCGAGCCAUGUGGGAUUACUCUGGGUUGGAGUUUCUGGGAGAGGGGCUUCCACUACACACUUUCCCCCUUUUUCUCAAGCGGUUAUUGGCUCUCAUCCAUCAGCCGGCUCAGUUCAUGGCUGUGAUUGCUGUCCUCUGGCGGAUUUGGAAGUCCCGGAAUUGGGUUGUUUUUAAGGGAAAACAGUUUGCCUUCUUGGCCCUGGUUCGCCAGUUUCAGCAGCAAGUGGAUGAAUGGAUGCGAUUGCCGGCGUGGUUGUGAGUGCCUUGCAGAGCCUACCGGCUCCCCAGGCGGAGUCUGGGGUUGUUUGUAGGUGGGAUGGGGCGACGAGAACUGGCUCACACUCUGCGGGGGGCAUGGUGCUAAGCUCGGAAGGUGGGAUCCUAAGGGCUAAAGGGGUUCAGUUCCCGAUUAUUGAAGAUCCGGUGGUUGCUGAGGUCUUGGCGCUUCGGGAGGCUGUGCAGUGGUGUCUAGCUCAAGGGUAUAGUGUGGUUCGGUUUGAGGGAGAUGCUAAGGUGAUUAUCGAUAAAAUUCGGUGUCUGGAGGCAGAGGAUAGUAGGAUGGGGGCUGUUCUUAGUGAAGUGGUGCAAUUAUUUGUCCUCCAUCAUGGUGUGAGUAUUCGAUUUGUAGGUCGGCGUAGUAAUAGGGUAGCCCAUCUGGUGGCUAGGAAGGCCCUUUCGUUGUACCCGGCUGCUUGUCGUGUUUUUGAUUUUCUGGCUAGGCUGAAUUCCAGGAUGUAACUAUCUUCUUGUUUGAUUAAUAUAUAUCUUUUGUCAAAAAAAAAAAAGCAAGUGUAUAGUUCGACCGAGGUACGAUCGGUUUAUGCCGUUCAUGGAGGUUUAACAAAAUAUGCAAAACUAGAAAAGACCAUUAACAUAAAAUGAAUUUAAGCAUAUAUCAAACAUGUUUGAAGACAAUCUACUUACAAUCUACAUUCAUAUUUAAAUAAAAUACAACAUUCCAA